AUGACUGGACUUUCCAAAGUGUGGACGUGGAACGGCACGUUAUUUACCCGAGUUAUUCCCGCCCCUCUGCCAGAUUCAUGGACGAAGCAGGAGCGGAGCGGGCAGGUGACGGAUCCGCGCCCGUGGGGCGGCCCAGGACGACGGGCGGGGGAGGCCAGAGACCGGGGUGGGGGACGGGAACACCGCAAGGCUCCAGCCCGCGACCGUGGAUCAGCCAGCAGCAGCUGGGGACGGGGAGGCUCCGGGUUUCGGGCGUCAGGCCUCGGGUUGAACGCCGCCCGGCCCGCGAGGCCCGGCGAUCACUGGGUCGCUCGGCCCGCAGACUUACACAACUUCUCACGUAGGAUCGAGGGAGCUCUCCACUGCGGCAGGAGCGGGUCCGAUAGGGAGACAGAGAGAGAGAGCGUCGGGGAGGGGCGUCUUUGCGGCGGGUCGGGUUCGAGGGAGCGCCUCGCUGCGUUGGACGAGUCUCACUCUCCUGUGGAUACUUUAACCGGUGGGAACUGGGAACAUUUAACACGGUCAACAGAAGAAUACUUGUCAAGGCUUCGUAACAGGAAUGAGGAAUCCACUGAGUUCUUCACAUUAACCAGUGGGGAACAGCUUGUUAUAACACCGUCUUCUGUGGCCUUCUUUAACCUGUGCGAGGACAGCCUUGAGCACCAGAUACUGGGCUUGUUGAGUCCGCAGGAUGACAAGACAGUGGCUGCUGUGUACCUAGGAGCUGGCUGGUGCUCACUGGAUGAAGCUCUGACGACGUCUGACAAUGGGAGGCAGGGACUGGUUCAGGUGCGGUCAGUUGGCGAACGGAUUGUGCUCUACCUGUUAAACCGGAUGAUCUGCGGGUACCGGGAAAGACCGCCAGAUGUCCUUCCUUUCCGACCUCAUCCCAUCAAUGAGUUUGCCAAGAUCUUCUGGAAGGACCAGGAGGCAGCUGGGUUCUACACCGUGAAGCUGAAAGGGAGUCUGUGCUAUGCCGGCACCAGCCAAUGUUACCAGCUGCCCGUCCUAGACACCGUUUUCAUCCGCAAGAAACACCGACGCCUGGGCCUUGGGCUGAGGAUGCUGUCCGACUUCUGCAGUCAGUUCCCCGCCGACCAGGAUCUGGGGAUCAGCCGACCCAUCUCACCGGCCAUGUACAGAGUUUGCCACAGGUACCUGCAGGCUCGUCCUGAAGAACAGGACCGACUGUGGGAAGUGGAGAGCCCAGGGGGCUGGAGCCAAAGGGAAAAUGUGUGGUUGCUCAUCCAGAUGGGUGAUAUACCCUCAGUCGAUGACCCAGCUCAAUCCAGAAGCCUCUGAAGGGGUUUAGGGUCAAGGAUGAGAAAGUGGCAAUGCGGCAUAACAAGGUGAAAGGGCAGGAGAGCUGAUGGAAAGAACUGAGGAAGAUGGAGUGACCAGCCAGAGGAAGGUUCGGUCAAGUUGCCGCUGAGACACACCAUUCAAUCCAGGUCAAACAAGUGACUUAAUGCUGGUUCGACAGUGACUAUCCAUACCACUUCAAUCUCCACCAUCCUCCAGGGGCUUCCCUUCCUCAGCUUCCACGUAAAAGCUCACGCCUGCUGAUACUUUAUCCUGCCAAGUUUAGCUGGUGGGAGACGAGCUGGAUUGUGUUUGUCUGCGACUGCGUGAUAUGAGUAACUGCUGCGGGCUGAUUUUGCAGAAACAUGGCUUCAGGACAACAUCCAUGCACCAUCGACCUACAGGUCGUGGCACUCAGGAACUUGGGCUAGAUUAGUAUUUUAGAAGUUUUUUGUAACUCUGUUUUUAUGCAGUCAUAAUUAUAUGUGCUGUGUGCGACUAUUGGUUCUGCACUUUUCACCUUGGCGUCAGAGGAACGCUGUUUUGUUUUAGCUGUAUUCAUGUUGUGACAAAAGACCAAGUUAUCAGAAGAUUGAUGCUAAUGAGAGAGAUAAGUGAGACAAUGGAGCAGCAUUCAGAAAUGUUAAUGAGAGACGAGAGAGAUUAACGAAAAGAGACACAGUUCCGAGUAUUGUUAGAUCGAUUGCUUUGAACCUGAACUGUUUGAAGUUUGAUAUACAGGCGACACCCCACAGGGGGAUAAAAGGAACAGGUUUGCUAAGGCAAGACACACACCACGAGAUCACGAGACCCUGGAAGUGCGGUGUGCCCCCACAAGUUGGUGAGAGUUUGGAGGUCUGAUCGCGGGACCGACCAUAGAUGCACAGGGUGAAAAGGUACUAUCGGCGGGAACCUGGUGUGUGUGUCCGCCCUUGCCUGGGUACCGGGUUCACCGCGGAAGAAUGAAUGUAUCCGGAACAGAGGGGUCACAGUCGGUGACCUCAGAAGACAUUAAAAGAUCUCGCCCAAAAGCUAACUGCGAGGAACAUCAAAGGUCUGUGAAUUGAAAUUUGCAUUCGUGCUUGCUCUUGCUCUCUCUCUUUCUUUCUCUCUCUCUCUCUCUCUCUCUCUCUCUCUCUCUCUCUCUCUGUCUCUCUCUUCCCCCCACCCCCUCCCUCCCUCCCUCCCACCUCAACGGCACAACAGCGAUUACUGCGAACUGUACUCAGCUGAACUGAACUCUGCGUCACUUGAGACUCAUCACUUUACCCCUAGACUGCGAUAGAGCUUGAUUGAUUCCUAUUAUCCUAGUUCUGUGUACAUGUGUGUUUUAUCAUUGCUAACCUGUCGCAUUUAUAUCCUUACGAUUAGAGUACUGUGUUACUUAUUUCUUUAAUAAAACUUUCUUAGUUCCAGUAAUCCAGACUCCAACUAAGUGGUCCAUUUCUGCUGGUUUGGCAACCCAGUUACGGGGUACGUAACAAUGUAUAUAGUG